AUGAAAAUUUCUAAAAGUGUGCUAUUAGUGGCAUUAACUGCCACCCCAUCUUUGGUGAGUGCCAUGCUGCCCAUCCAUAUCAAGAACUACAGGUUCAUCAAGCCAUCCUCUGCCACGAACAGCGAUGCAGAUAACGAAAUCUUUUUCGUUAAGGGUGUCGAUUACCAACCUGGUGGGUCUUCCGGCUACGAUGCUGAUUCGGAUACAGACAUUCUUUCAGACCCUGAAAUUUGUGCUAGAGAUGCCUUCACCUUUCAACAACUCGGCGUCAACACGGUGAGAAUCUACUCAUUAAACCCCGACCUAAACCACGACAAGUGCAUGACCAUUUUAAAUGACGCUGGUAUAUAUGCCAUUUUGGACGUCAAUAGUGGUAACUACGGUGAGAAUCUAAACCGUGCUGACCCUUCCGGUACCUAUGACUCACUGUACUUGUCAAGAGUCUUCAAAUUCAUCGAUGCUUUUAAAAAUUAUCCGAAUGUGCUAGGGUUCUUUUCUGGUAACGAGGUCAUUAAUGAUCAAAAAGACUAUGCCGAAAUCGACCCUCCCUACAUUCGUGCUGUUCAAAGAGAUAUGAAGCAGUAUAUUGCCAAACACGCCAACAGGAGUAUUCCAGUCGGGUAUUCCGCCGCUGAUAAUACCGAGUUGAGAUUAGCCACUUUCAAGUAUCUGCAAUGUAAUUCUUUAGAUGGCAAAAAAGUCAACGAUGAUUUGGACGUCUCUAGAUCUGAUUUUUUCGGUUUGAAUACUUAUGGAUGGUGCUCCGGUAUUUCCGACUGGCAGUCUUCUGGCUACGACAUACUAAACUCCACUUUUGACGAUGCUGUCAUUCCUUUAAUGUUUUCCGAAUACGGCUGUAAUACAAAAACUCCAAGAACUUUUGAUGAAGUCUCUAAGGGUUUGUAUGGUGGUUUGAAGAAUAUCUUUUCAGGGGGAUUGGUUUACGAAUAUACUGAGGAAGCUAAUAAUUUUGGGCUGGUUAAACUCGGUGACAGUGGCUCUUUAACUUAUAAGGAAGAUUUUGUUAAUUUAGAGGGCCAACUGAAAAACGUUACGUUACCAACCACAAAAGAAAAUGCGCUUUCUUCAGACUCCAUUUACAAGUGUGAUAGUAGUGUCAUUACUAAAAUUUACUCUGGAUUCGGGACCGACAACUUUACAUUGCCUUCUCAACCGGCAGAGGUUGCCAAUAUGAUUAAAUAUGGUGUUAACGGUACCAACACAGGUAAAAUAUUGACCGACUAUGCUGUUCCAACAACGUUUAACUAUACAAUCAAAAACACUGACGGUGACACCGUUCCUGCCACUAUUUACUAUGAUAAAGCUAACGCAUUGAACGAAUUAGACGCUACAGCUACAGCAGCCGUUAGGUCUGUGUCCACAUCACAAUCGUCUUCUUAUUCUACAGCUACAAGCACCAAAGAAUCGUCCACCGUUCAAUCUUCUUCAACUUCAAGCAGCUCUAAAAGUAAAGGUGCGGCCAACAUCAACAUUUCAGUUGAUCAAUCUGGAUACUUUGCCUUGUUGGCAGGUGUAGUCUCCGCUCUCUUAUAA